AGUUGGUGUAUUUCUUGACCAAUGGCUGGCAGCACAAUAUUCAAAGUUAAAAAUGGAAAGCGCUAAAUUCAAUUUUUGUAGAUUCAACGCAGACUCUCACCUGUAUGUUUUGGUUGGUCUAAUGAUGGCUCCACAGAAACUGUCACCUUCGGAAGAGUCAUUAACUUUAACGUUGAUCGAGAAACAUUCCGCCCGUUCAUCUCCUUUAACAUCUAAAUCUAUUAAUUUAGAUUUUUUGGAUCAAACAACCAGUAAUCCAGUAACCAAAUCAGCUGUAAAGAAAAGGAUUAUUGUGAACCUGGUUGAACGAGAUGGUUUUAUUUACAUGGAAGAGUAUGAUACAAAUGAAUAUGUACCUUUAAAUGAAAGAGAUGUGAAACAAAUCAAAGGAGAGCAAUCUAAGAGCAUCGAAGUGAAGAAAAUUAGAAAUCGUGGUCCACCAGGCGAUUGCAGCUUUUGUGGGAAAAGGUUUGGGCGUAGAUCUACAGCCAAUCGCCAUGAGAGAGAAAACUGUAAAAAUCAUGGAGCUCCGAACCAUUUGUGCGAUGAAAGUUGCCCUGGAUUCUCUUCGAACGAUUCCAACCAAGACAAAAAGAAGCAAAGGACAAGAGAAUGAAAAAUAUUUAUUUUUUCAAGAUGCAGCUAUUCAGCCGUUGUCCAGUGAUAUUUAUUGUUUAUGCAUAAACAGCUAUAAUCAUGAUAGAUCCAAUCAAUUUAAUGGAAACCAAUUCCUCACCCUUUGAAAUCAAAGACUUUUGUUGAUAAAUCGGUCGAUGUGGUAAAUGUGGAAGAAACUAUCGUGUUAAAGGAUAUAAAUCCUUACAAAUUCUUCCUUGAUCUGAUUACUUCAUCAGAUAAUUUAUUGUACUUUUUCUUGCCCUUUUAUACCACUUAUAUGCUCAUCAGAUUCAUCAUAGUUUUGAUGUUUCAACCCGGUGUUUCUAAAACCACUUCAUUUUGUGCUCUUUUAAAUAAAAGCUAUUUACACCUAGA